GCAGGAGCAUGCGCAGGACUGCUCCCGGCCCGGAUCGCUAUGGCAGCGGCGUCGCCUAGGGCUGGGACCCUGCGAUCCCGCCCGGGCGUGGCUGCCUCAACAGCCGCCCCCACUGCACACUUUAGGGCAUGAACCGAGCCUCCUGCUGCCGCCCGCUGCCCUACCCGCCGCUGCUGCCGCAUCCCGACUCUGGGCCAGCGCUGGGAACAUGCCCCUGGCCGCCUACUGCUACCUGCGGGUCGUGGGCCAGGGGAGCUACGGAGAGGUGACGCUUGUGAAGCACCGGCGGGACGGCAAGCAGUAUGUCAUCAAAAAACUGAACCUCCGAAAUGCCUCUAGCCGAGAGCGGCGAGCUGCUGAACAGGAAGCCCAGCUCUUGUCUCAGUUGAAGCAUCCCAACAUUGUCACCUACAAGGAGUCAUGGGAAGGAGGAGAUGGUCUGCUCUACAUUGUCAUGGGCUUCUGUGAAGGAGGUGAUCUGUACCGAAAGCUUAAGGAGCAGAAAGGGCAGCUUCUGCCUGAGAAUCAGGUGGUAGAGUGGUUUGUACAGAUCGCCAUGGCUUUGCAGUAUUUACAUGAAAAACACAUCCUUCAUCGAGAUCUGAAAACUCAAAAUGUCUUCCUAACAAGAACAAACAUCAUCAAAGUGGGGGACCUAGGAAUUGCCCGAGUGUUAGAGAACCACUGUGACAUGGCUAGCACACUCAUUGGCACACCCUACUACAUGAGCCCUGAAUUGUUCUCAAACAAACCCUACAACUAUAAGUCUGAUGUUUGGGCUCUAGGAUGCUGUGUCUAUGAAAUGGCUACCCUGAAGCAUGCUUUCAAUGCAAAAGAUAUGAAUUCUUUAGUUUAUCGGAUUAUUGAAGGAAAGCUGCCACCAAUGCCAAGGGAUUAUAGCCCAGAGUUGGCAGAACUGAUAAGAACAAUGCUGAACAAAAGGCCUGAAGAAAGGCCGUCUGUGAGGAGCAUCCUGAGGCAGCCUUAUAUAAAGCGGCAAAUCUCCUUCUUUUUGGAGGCCACAAAGAUAAAAACCUCCAAAAGUAACAUUAAAAAUGGUGACUCUAAAUCCAAGCCUUUUGCUACAGUGGUUUCCGGAAAGGCAGAAUCAAAUCAUGAAGUAAUCCACCCCCAACCACACUCUUCUGAGGACUCCCAGACAUAUAUAAUGGAUGAAGGCAAAUGUUUGUCCCAGGAGAAACCCAGGGCCUCUGGUCCCUUGAAGUCACCUGCCAGUCUGAAAGCCCAUACCUGCAAACAGGACUUUAGCAAUACCACAGAACUAGCCACAAUCAGUAAGGUAAAUAUUGACAUCUUACCUGCAAAAGGGAGGGAUUCAGUGAGUGAUGACUUCGUUCAGGAGAAUCAGCCAAGACACUUGGAUGCCUCUAAUGAGUUAGGAGGUAUAUGCAGUAUUUCUCAAGUGAAAGAGGAGAUGCUUCAGAACAACAGUAAAUCCAGUGCCCAGCCUGAAAACCUGAUUCCCACGUGGUCCUCUGACAUUGUCGCUGGGGAAAAAAAUGAACCAGUGAAGCUUCUGCAGCCCCUAAUCAAAGAACAAAAGCCAAAGGACCAGGAUCAAGUUACUGGUGAAUGUACUAUAGAAAAACAGGGCAGAAUCCACCCAGAUUUACAGCCACACAACUCUGGGUCUGAACCUUCUCUGUCUCGACAGCGACGGCAGAAGAAGAGAGAACAGACUGAGCACAGAGGGGAAAAGAGACAGGUUGGCAGAGAUCUCUUUGCUUUCCAAGAGUCGCCUCCUCGAGUUUUGCCUUCUCAUCCCAUUGUUGGGAAAGUGGAUAUCACAUCAAUACAAAAAGAGGCUGAAAACCAACAUAGAGUGGUCACUGGGUCUGUGAGCAGUUCAAGGAGCAGUGCGAUGUCAUCAUCAAAGGAUCGACCAUUAUCAGCCAGAGAGAGAAGGCGACUAAAGCAGUCACAGGAAGAAAUGUCCUCUUCAGGCCCUUCAGUGAGGAAAGCUCUGAGUGUAGCAGGGCAAGGAAAACCCCAGGAGGAAGACCAGCCCAUGCCCGCCCGACGGCUCUCCUCUGACUGCAGUGUCACUCAGGAAAGGAAACUGAUUCAUUGUCUGUCUGAGGAUGAGUUAAGUUCUUCUACAAGUUCAACUGAUAAGUCAGAUGGGGAUUGCAGGGAAGGGAAAGGUCAGACAAAUGAAAUUAAUGCCUUGGUACAAUUGAUGACUCAGACUCUGAAACUGGAUUCUAAAGAUAGCUGUGAAGAUGUCCCGGUAGCAAACCCAGUGUCAGAAUUCAAACUUCAUCGGAAAUACCGGGACACAUUGAUACUUCAUGGGAAGGUUGCAGAAGAGGCAGAGGAAAUCCAUUUUAAAGAGCUCCCUUCAGCUAUCAUGCCAGGUUCUGAAAAGAUCAGGAGACUAGUUGAAGUCUUGAGAGCUGAUGUAAUUCAUGGCCUGGGAGUUCAGCUUUUAGAGCAGGUGUAUGAUCUUUUGGAGGAGGAGGAUGAAUUUGAGAGAGAGGCGACGGUAUCCCGCGGCCCCCAGGAAUUCACGUACCUGUCUUUUGGUGGUGGGAGUGGGGAUUCGCAGGAUAGCUUCCUUACAAGCACUGUCCUGUAUAGGUUGGUAAUCAUUUGUUCCGGAUUUUUGGACCGGCAAAAAUGGAGUAUUCCAGGCGGACUGACAUGGUGUAAGUAUGCCAGCUUAUAACAGUCGCUGAAUAUGGGGGUUGAUUCCCUCCCUAGCCCGCUGACUCAUAGGAUAUUGCUUUAUCUGGACUGGCAAGGCGGUGGCCGGGAGUUCCACUACCUCUGAAGGGUGGUGCUUAGCCAGUCCCAGGGGUUUGACUUGGCCCAGACUCGAGGAAAGAGUCUGUAAGUCUAGGAGGAGAGGAUUAGUUUUAUUUUCUGGCGGUUGUGAAGGUGAAACUAAGAGAUAUUCUUCUGACAGAGGGGUGGUUAGCAGGAGCUGAGCAGCGGGAGGUGGUGUGUCCCCUAGCAUGAGGUGAGCUUGUUGGGCCAAGAAGGAAAUAGAUUCCUGCAGCUUGUGGGGCAGGUCUCGUCCUAGGAGGGGAAGAGGACACUCUGGGACCACGAGAACGAGUGUGUUACUCUUUUCUGCCCUAAACUCACCUCUCGUGAGUGGGUGACAGGAUAUUCUUGAAUAACUCCAGUAGCCCCCCAUACAGCCACUUUUUUAUUAGAGACACUGCCUAGGGGCAUCUGCAGUACUGAGUGAUCCGCCCCCAUGUCAAUUAGGAAGCGUACAGGCUGGCCCCCAACUGUGGCGAUCACCAUGGGCUCCUGGGGGCCAAGUGUAAAGGAGCCCUGGCCCAUCAAUCAUCAGAUUCCUCUGCAGUGGGGAGGGUGAGGACUUUUUUCUCUUUUGGCUUUUCCUCUGGUCUUAAUGGGCAUUCCUUUUUCCAAUGUCCCAUCUGCUUGCAGUAAGCGCACUGGUUUUUCUCCAGGGGAGCCCGCUCCCCUUUCUGACCCUUUUGGCGGGGACCCAGGGUUCCCUGACCAUUUUUCUGUGAUGGGGGUCUUUCCUUCUUGACUUCCGGAAUGGCAGCCGCUAUGAUUUUUGCCUGUCUUUUUGAUGCUUUGUCAGCAGCCUUUUCAGCUGCCUGAGCUGCCUGUUUCUGCUUUUCAAACUCUCAGUUGUCAAAAACCUUUCGGGCUAUCUCUAAAAGCUGACUGAUGUUCAUUCCGGCAAAUCCCUCUAGCUUUUCUAAUUUUCUUUUGAUGUCAGGGGCUGCCUGAGCCACAAAUGCCAAAUUAAGAGCACGGCUAUUUUUGGGAGCCACCGGGUCAAAAGGGGUGCCAGUCCGAUAGGCCUCCUGGAGGUGUUCCAGAAACGCUCCUGGUGACUCAUCAGGCCCCUGGACAACUUCAGAUGUCUUAGACAAAUUUAUGGGUUUUCGAGCAGCUCCCUUGAUACCCACAAGGAGAUACUGGUGAAAAUUGUCUAAAGCUCUCCUUCCACCUCAGGAGUUUGGGUCCCAAUUAGGCUGGGUAGAGGGAAAAACCUCUUCAAUUUGGUCUUGGGCUUCCUCUUCUGGCCCACCCACUAAUGUAAUAUUUUCUGGCCUCCCUUCUGGUACGUUCCCUCUUUUCAGAGGUGAAAAGAGUUAAAAAGAGUUGCUGACAGUCAUCCCAGGUGGGUCCGUGAGUCCGGAGCACGGACUCCAUUAGUGAGGUCAAAACCUGGGGCUUUUCAGAAAAGAGGGGAUUAUGAGCCUUCCAGUUGUACAGGUCAGAGGUAGAGAAAGGGACAUAAACUAGGAAGGGAGCUGAGCGCUCAUCACCCGGAGGGAUUUAGGCCUCUCUCAGUGGGAGGAGGGUGGCUACCUCCUCCUGCCUUGGUCGCAAUUGGGAGGCUAUGGGUGGAGAGCCCACAGGAGAUGUAGUCGAGGAAACAAGGGAAGAAUCUUGGGGAGCAGGAGGCUUAUAGGGCAGCGAAAACUUUCCUCCUCUUCAGAAGGAGGUAGUACAGGAGGAGCCGAGAGGGCUGAGAGUCCGCACAAAAAUGCAGACCGACUCAAAAGGACCUUGGAAGUGGGAUCAUGAAUGGUGCAUGAGUGGAACCAGGGAGGAGGGUUCCAGACCAAAUCCAGCCAUUGAUCAAUGUAGGGAAACUGAUCGGGGUGACUGGGACUUCCAGUAACGACCCGCCACAGAGCCUGAACAGCUGUGGGGUUAAAUGACCCUUCUGGGGGCCACCCAGUUCCAAACUGUGGCCAUUCUACUUCAGAGUGUCCAGAGUUUGCCUUUCUUCAGUCAGACUCCGUAAUCCUCUGAGAAGCCACAAGAGAAAUUCUGCAACAUACAUUGGAAAGGACUCACUCUUCACAGGGCUGGGAAGAGGAGUUUCCCAUUUUGGAGGCAGUUUAACAAGGUUUGAGCAGAGAUAUUAAACCCAACACGGACAGAGAAAUUCACAACCUAGGGGGCUGGCGUAUUGGAAGAACAGAAAUAACACAACCAGAAAGAGCAGGAAAACAACUAUAGCCAACACUUCCUGCCACAUGAAGUUGGUUUUCUUAAGCUUUAAGAUUUAGGGAGGAGGACUAGAGGCCGACCCGAGGGCUCCUUGGCCAGCCGGACCUAGAUGACCUCCCUCUUCCCCUUGACCUACAGCCUAAAUAUUUUUGGUGUCUCCAUGACUCAAAGACAAAAAGUUCCAACUUGACCUUCUCUUUCAAGGGUUUUAGGAGGGAGAGCAGAGCCAAAUCUUGGAGGCGCUGGACUUGCUCUGACACAGGAAAACGAGACAUGUAGGGUAAGGGAUAAGGAUGAGAAGGAAAGGGGCCACUCGGAUCUUUUCUAAGGUAGGAGAGUAGCCACAGGGGAACAGAAUAAGAGUCCAGACAGAGUAAAGCAGUAUGAGCGUAGGCUUCUCUACACAGACUUCAAAAGCACGUGAAAAGUUACAGGAUGACAGAAAAGGUGGGCAAGCAGGUCUGCAGGGUGGCUAUUUUGAAUCCACCACUGAUCUAAUGUGGAGGCGGUCCAGUCACUUGGGCAUGGGAUGCGGUCCAGUCACUUGGGCAUGGGAUGCGGCAAUCUAAACUCUAGCAGCCUUUAUGGUGCCAGAAAUUCCAAAUGGGCAAAUGUUUCCCACACCCCUUCCUGUAACACCACCUGAUUUGUUUCUGACAGAAAAGGCAGGACUGGGACGGCCAGCCCAAACAACUGAUGAGGAAUUUGACCUCCUGUGGUAGAAAAUCAGUAUUGAGGACCUUGAAGUAGUUCUUUCCCAGUAGCCUUGGGCAGUAGCGGUGACCUGACAGAUGAAACUUAGAAAGACACUAAACAAGACAAUAGACACUAGUGCAUAUAAACAAGUUUGACAAUUUUUUUUUUUAAUAGACAGACAAGGGGUAGGGGUCCUGUGAUGGGAUCAGUCAGAUGCCUGCCUGGCCGCUCCCCCUGAGGGGACUUAGGCUCCUUGUCCCCUCAUUGGCAUUGGCAGGCUGGUAUAAACCCCUGGCUCGGAUUGAGCUAUGGCCGAUGCUGCCUUAAGCCUUAUGAGGUCGCCACAGAACCGCAGGUGAGGGCCCACUCGAACUCCGUAGCUUUCGCUGUGGACAAACUGGAAGUUCAAGUACAAGCCCUUGACCUCCCCAUUCACGCACUCAUUCACACAGAGUUUAUAACGGUUUUAUUCUUCUAAAACAGAGGUCUCCAGGAGACCUGAACAAGAGAAGGAGAAGAGAUAGAGAAAGAGACUGAGAGAGAGACUAGUCUUUAAUGGAGAGGCCGGCCUGCCAGAAACCAGGACUCAGUCCUCCAGCGUCCUGGAAUAUGGACAGAGUCAAGGGAGGGCCCCCGUUAGGGCCACUUCCCUUCCAGAGAGACACAGAGGCACCUAACAGAAAACCAGGACUCUGUCCUCCAGUGUCCUGGAAUGCGGGCAGUCAUAAAGGGAGGGCCCUCGUCAGAGCCACUUCCCUCCCAGAGAAACAGAGUCAGAUCUGACUUACCUUUCUGGGACCAGAAACUGAGGACUCAGGAGUUGAAUUUUUGUGGGAACACACCGGUGGUUCAUCCUUCCCCUCUGGAUAGACGAGGUCUUAUGGGGCCCUGGAAUGUCUUCAGGUGGCAGCUCACCUGUAAGUCUGCCAUCUGUCUGGGGGAGGUUGGAACCAGUCUGGCUCUCGCCCGGUGGCCAGAAUUCUCACUGGGGCCUCCAAAUGUAACCAAGCGAGUUAUAAAGAAACGCCACACUUUGAGACAAAUUAAGGAGUCCUUUAUUAGCCAGCGACCGAGAGGCAGCUGACGUUCAAAAUUCUCUCGGCCCAAGGAAGGGGCUAGUUUUGUUUUUAUACCGUAGUCUAAAUAGGGGAGUGGGGGGAAUUUAGCUGAAGCAAUUUUUACAGAAGCAGAACUGGCAAAAAGUUAAAAAAGUAAUUGGUUACAAAUGCAGUUAC